CUGGCCGGUGUUCAUUGAAACGAAGUUAGACCCGAACUGUGUAAUCAACAUGGACACAACAACGGUUCAUCCAGGAUUGAACGGACUCCCCCAACUCGGUGGCAUGUUCCUUAACGGGCGCCCAUUACCCGAUCCCCUCCGACAUCGAAUAGUGGAGCUAGCUCACUGCGGUAUCAGACCCUGUGACAUUUCCAGGCAGUUAUUAAUAUCACAUGGAAGUGUCAGUAAAAUGCUAGCAGGGCGCUACUACGAGAUGGGAGCGAUUCGACCUGGUACAAUUGGAGGCAGUAAACCAAAGGUAGCAACCCCGGAGGUGGUUUCCAAAAUUGAACUUUACAAACAAGAAAACCCCACUAUAUUUGCUUGGGAAAUCAGAGACAGACUGAUUAGCGAAGGUGUGUGUACUAAUAGUACCGUUCCUAGUGUCAGCUCCAUCAACCGGAUACUGAGAAACCGAGCAGCAGAGCGAGCCGCGGCCGAGUAUGCACGGGCAGCGGAACAAGCUCUUUACCCGCAUUAUCCAAUCUCAUGGCCCCAUGGUGUCCCAUUUACAGCGCCGCCAACGAUAUCACCAUACAAUUUGAGUGCGUCGCUUGCAUCCAAUAGCAGUGGCACUUCUCUCUAUCCCACAUCCUUGUUAAAUAUUCCACCAAUGACGUCAUUGAGAGGCAUUCCAACUAGCUCAGUGCCAACGUUUACAACGACAAGCCACAAAGACGAAACAAGAAAACAGGAACAGACCGAAGAACAAAAGAAAAAAUCGCGACGCAGCCGGACUACUUUCUCUGGAGACCAGUUAGAUGUAUUAGAAAAAGAGUUCGACAAAACGCACUACCCAUGUGUCAACACGAGAGAAGACUUGGCUAAUAAGACCCACCUUUCUGAGGCAAGAGUUCAGGUGUGGUUUUCAAACCGUCGAGCGAAAUGGCGUCGCCACAAGAAGAUCGGAUCAUUACCACAUCCUAGUCCAGUCCAGCCAUCAUAUCCGCUCUAUAAACCAAUCCCAUUGAAUGAACCAGCGUCCUCUACAGUCCAUGUGUCAGAAGAGAAGGCAAAAACUUUGAUACCAUCGUCACGUUCCGCAUUCACCGCUGCCCCAUCACCAAAAAUAACGUCACCAGCGUCUUCACCACUCGUGAUUGUGUCAUCGCCGUCACCGUCAGCGAUGACUUCAUCAGCAUCGAUCUCUUUUUCUAGAAGACCUUAAACAUAAUAAACACCACCAAACACAAAAACUAAACUUACUUUUAUUGACAUCGACAUGUUUACGAAAAAGAACUGACUACUUGACUUGUUUACGUCGCAUGGGACUCACAUCGAACAUGAAUAGAUGCCGACGUUAUACAGAUUUGUCGUAUUUAUUUAUUUAAAUAUUUAUUUAUUUGUUUAUUUAUUUAUGUAUAUAUUAACAUUAUUGUCGUACUUGAUGUUUGUAUUUGUUGACAAAACCUUGCAAUAAAUUCUUAGAGAAAAA